UACUGUAUUUUUCGUCGCCAGGAAAAGUGAAAAUUUCUUCUAAGUUGUGCCAAGCAGUGAGUGCACAACUCACUAGACAACAUCUGCUUCUCACCUGACUUAUUUACGACGAUAACUGAUCGAUAGAAACUGGCCAGUCAUGACUGAUUGAGUGGACACGGUUUGUAGUUUUCUGCAUCAUGAUUUUUGGCGUGGUUACGGCGGAGAUCGCCAAAGAGUUUGUGGAGUCGCUGCGCUGCCAUGACCGGGGGAAAAUCUUUGAAGAUGUCGUGCAACGAAGCGGCGUCACGCUGUAUAUGUCAGACGACAAAAAGGACAUACGACUGCAGGGCUUUUGGGAUAGCGUGAAGGAUGCCCACGAUUUACUGGAGGGGGAGUAUGGGGGAAUGGUAUCGUACCCGAGCUCGGCUAAAGAUGGGUGUGGCAGACAGCUGUCCCGUCAGAACAGGAUGGCAGUUCUGGCCACCAAGCCGUGGCCUUCGCAGGGCCCUCGGGUGCCUGAUAACACCCGUGUGCAGCCCAGAGGGAACCUGGACGGUGCGAGCAAGUCGCCAUGGAAGACCAUGAGAAAAUGGCCCAAAGCCCCAGACCCAGUCAUUAUAUUCGAAGGCGUGGGUCCAGGAAUGCCGAGCACUGCCGAUCUUCUCAGUAGAGGCAAUAAGGAAGAAAUUAAAAAGGCUAUUGAGGUUGUCACGCGGAGUUCGGCGGUUCCAAGUUCGAUAACGGUCCAGCAAUUUCCGGAAGCACAAAGUGAUGCAAAGAUAACAGAUGCCAAUGACAGUUCAGUAAAUCUUCCUGAAAAGCCUGUUGAUGCUGACGAGGCUAUCCCGCCAUCACAAGCUGAUGACGACGAUGAUUAUCAUGAUGAUGGAAAUGCAGAUGAUAACGAAGCCACUGAGGGAGAACAGGUCAUAGAGUGCAAAAAUGAAGAUCUAACUGUGCCCAAAACUGAGAAAUCACCAAAGAGUGCUGCCAAAGAAACGACGGAAGACACUGAAGAAGCUGAUGUAGGACCUGAACAAAGACCAGUUAGAACCAAAAGUGGUCCGCAGACCCGAGGUAAUAAAAGAAAGGCAGGACGUCCUAGGAAAAUCCCCAUCAAAACAGCUAGUAGCGAUGAAGGGGCCCAAGAAGACAGUGAUUCUGACUACAGCACUCAACCAAAGAAGUCAAAUCGCCGAAAACGGUUGCCUGUUCGGAAGUCCCUAAGAAGGAGAGUCCCAACAAGACGACAGCCGGCUGCUCCAUCCCCAGACGAACCUGUUGUGAAACGAAAACGUGGACGACCUCGAAAAACUGAGGUACGAGCAGAAACCUUCAAGUGCAAAGAGUGUGACUUCAUUGGAAAAAACAAAGGCCAGUUAAAGAAUCAUAAACGGAGAAUGCAUGGAACAGAGGCAGGUAGCUGUCGCUGCCCUGUGUGCGACAAACAGUUCAGUUUCGAGAAAGACAUGAAACGACACAUGAUGAGGCAUGUUGAUACGCGCUACCCCUGUGAUAUUUGUGGUAGAGUUUACAAAGAUCGUAAAACUAUGUUGACUCACAAGGAAAGGCACAAUGAGAGCUAUGUGCCACCAUCUUUCUCAUGUGAUCAGUGCAGUAAAUCCUUCUGUACCAAGUACAUCCUGGCUAACCAUGUGAAAUCUGAGCAUCUCGGCCUCAAGAGAAUGUUUCUGUGCCCCACGUGUGGUAAAAGCUUUACCCAGAAACAUGCCUAUCUUCAGCAUGCCAAUGUGCACCUUGGCAUCAAGCCAUUUGUGUGUGAGGUGUGUAACAAAGCUUUUGCCUAUGAGAAGUCUCUGAAAGAACACAAAUUCAUGCACCAAGAAGCAAAGAACUUUGUGUGCGAGAUUUGUUCUAAGGCUUUUCGUCAGAAAUCAGCUUUGGUUGUGCAUGCUAAAAUUCACAAACCAACUAAGGACUUUUUGUGUAGUGUGUGUAGCAAGGGGUUUACACAGAAACAAGCUCUUUUACGCCAUGAGCGUGUGCAUAACGGAGAAAAGCCAUUUGCUUGCGGAAUUUGUGGUCGAAGUUUUAGUGACAAGUCUAUCAUCAGGCGUCACAUGAUACUGGUUCAUAAGAGAGACUCGAAACAGUGGAAGGAAAACACUUUUGAGGAGCAAAAGAAAAGAAGUGAUUAUUUCGUAACACCAAAGUUAAAUUCUGAUAUGGAUGAAGAUAUUAUAGUGACUACUUCUGCUGAUAAUUCACUGAGCACUGCGCGACCGCUACAGGCUAUGUCCCACCAGCCUCCAAGCAUCCCACCGUCAGUGAGUGUAGAGCAAAGGGAGAGCAAUCACGCCACUCCUGAUCCCUUGCCCAUGUCACCAGUUCCAAUCCCGCCCCGCCUUCCAUCAGUGCCUAUCUCUAUGGUGCCUCCAGCACCUGUGCCAUCAAUAUCAAGCCAUGGGGAAGAAAAUUUACACCCUGCCCAUUCAGGUAUGCCAGCCAUUUCCCAUGGGGGAGCUCUUUUCAACCCUCGUGACAUGCAUGAAAUGAGGGAUAUACGAGACAUCCGGGACAUGCGAGAUAUCCAGGAUAUGCGAGACCUUAGAGCACCAGAAAUUCGUCCCGUUGAGCUGCGGGAUAUGAGAACGGGUGAGAUCAGGGAAUUACAAGCAGCAGAAAUCAGGGACAUGCGCACACCCGAUGUGAGGGAUUUGCGGGUAGCUGGACUGAGAGAACAUGCCAAGGUUACCUCCCUUACCGAUCUUCGGGAUAUUAGAGUGCCAGACAUGCGUGACAUGCGACUGGCUGACAUGCGUGACAUUCGCUCUGGACACAACGAGCUCAGAGAUUUACGAGACAUGCGUGACUCCCACCUGGCAGGGCCACCUCUUCCCUCUCCCGUACACGACAGUGCCCCAGUGACCUCACACUCGGUGGCUGACCUCUCACCGGGGUCAAUGACUUCCAGUAGCAACUACCCCAGCUCUGUGCCCCCAGGCAUCAGUACCCACCACGGGGCCUACCCUUCCACUGUGACGUCCCCCUCGGCCAUGCCAGUCCAUCAUUACCCAUAUAUGUACAGUAACAUACCUCAGAACUAUGACCCCCACUCAGGUGCCCCUUACAUACAACAGCCCCAGAUGAACUACUAUCAGUGACGGCCUACAAGCUUUAAUUUAGCACAAUGGAGUUCAGUCUGUGACUGCUAAUUUGUUAGCGUAAAGGUGCCAUAUUACACAUUCUUUUGUUAUAACUUACUAUUUUAUGUAUUACACAUAUUUACAUCUGUAUGAUCUAACUUCUAACUAUGCAUCUUAUAGAGUACAUGUAUGUAUGUAUGUAUGUAUAACCUGUAAUAUGCACCCUUCAUAUUGCAUAGUCAUUGUCACUUGAGGUUGAUGUACAUGUAUUUAGGGUUUAGAAUUUUCUAUUAGAUUAGCAUAUGUAGUUAAGAUUGUCAGUCUUGCGUUUGACUUAAUUACUUUAAACAAAGGUAUUUAUGUUGGUGAAAUACAUGUAUUUACAUUUGUGUAUGUUACAUUUAUUCAAAGCUUAUGUGUAUAGUUUCUUUAUUCAUUUAUGUAGUUUGGUUGUCAUUUGAAGGUAAACAACAUGCAAUAAUAACUUACAUGUUAAUGAUUGAGAACUGUUUAACAUUACAUGUAAAAUGUGCUGUUGAUGAGGGGUUGAUGUAGUUACUACGUGGAACAUGCCCAUUACAUAGUUUAGGUUUUAUGCGUAGAUGUUAAAUAGAUGACAUAAAAUUUUAUCCUUUUUUCUACUGCCUUUUUACCCAUGUUCUAAUCUAUAAAAACCAUAAUUGUGUAAUAAUAUAUGUUCUUAGUUUGUGCAUAUAUGAAGCUUCCACGUUUCAAUAUUUUGCACUAUCUUUCCUUUCAGUGAGUAUUACACAACAUUACCAAACACAAUUUGCAAUGGUGAUUUCAAAAGUGUUAGCUGUGUUAAGAUGGGUAUAGGUCAGUUAAUCAAGGUAUACAGACAAAUGGCAUAUUUAUACCAGUAGGGAUUACGUGUAUGCGCAAUUCUAGAGGAGUUUUCUUCCAUAAGCCAAGCUCACAAUGAGCAGUGUUUGGUACCAACUUGCGGAAUGACCUUCAUGGAAAUGACAGUUGUGUUGAGUUGAAAGCCACAAAUUGUAACAAACAGAGUGUCGAAUUCUCGUUAAACUAGUUGAAUGUGUCAAGUACAUGUACAACAACUCACGGUAGCUUUUCUUGAUUUUAUAGAUCUUCUAGAUAUUUUAAUGUUUAAUAUUAAAUGUGCAUCAUAUUAGAUGCAUCAUUUUACAGAAGAAAUUUACAUUAUUAUUAUUUUAAUUGUUUUUGUGCUAUUAUUAAGUGUGAAAUAUGCCAUUUAGUUUGUUUCCAUUGAAGUGUUAAUUAACUAAUUGUAAUGGGACAUAAUACAAUAAAUAAUAGAGUAUAUGGAAUGCUGGUAAGUAUGUAGCUCUUAGUAAGAAACUUUUUGAACUCAAUAGUGUUAACAUGUCUAAACAUCAUGGUGAUUUUGAAAAAUGAAAGCAUUUCAUAAAGUCUGGUGUCUGGUCAACUAGAUAAAGGAUAAAAAGAGUUUGCAUUAGCUUUAGCUAAAUAUUGCUGCUAUCUCGGUAGAGUAAAUGAAGAUACAGGUACCUUGCAUGGUCACCAGAUGUGUGGAAAAAUUACCUGUAUUCUACUUGAUAGGAGUCUUAGAUUAAGGUCAUUUUCAUUAAAAAUAUCAAACAUUUCUAAAAUAGUGUAUGUACGGUAUGAUUUGUUUUGUGAAAAGUACUAUUUUCCAUUUUAAUUUCUAAGAAAAAUUAAGUGUUUUUGAAACAUCCUGUCCAAUGCAGACUACUACCUUAUUUUUCGCUAAGAUUUCUUUUGGGAUGGUAAUGGCAUUAUGACCUUUGCGGAUAGUGGUUAACUUCUCUGGUACCUGAGACUACUACUCAGUAACAAAGAGAAAUAAGGUAUAAUGAUAAAUGGUGCAUGUUUGUCAGGUACCAUUUUGAAGAGCAUAUCUUAUAUUGGAUUGUAGAAUGCUUCUUGAACCUCGUUUUUGUAUUAAAAUAUUUCCAGCAUCCUUUAGUUGCUAUAAUAACCAUCAACAUAAGCUGUAUUCUCUCAGCUGAAGAAAACCUCUGAAGCAGUGUCUGUGUGUACACGCUUGUUUAUGAACAAAUUGUUUAUGAAUGCUGAUUUCAUCAUUUUCAACAUACUAGACCACACCCAUGCAAUUUUUUAAGAACUUGAGUCUGGUCACUAGGCCAAGGAUUCUUUAUAGAGACAAAGGUAUCAGUAGCUUGGUUUGUCAAAUUUGUGACUUAUAAUUCCAUGUUCGUAUUUGCCAGAAAUAGUGUACGAAUCUGGUGUAAAUUCGGUACUAUUUGUUCAACCGUUUUCCUCUGUUUUUAUGUCCCUUCAUUUCAAACACAUACUUUGGUAAUACAAAGAUCAAUACUUGGAUAUUACUUUUACUGUGGUUACACCAUAUAUAUAUGCAAGUUGUGAAGGAGUGUGUAAGCCAAGUAGAUAGCAACAGUACAAAUAUCUACCAAAAAUUAUGGAUAAUUUGUCAUUUGUUCAUUAUCUUGUUAAGCAUAGUUAUUGAUAGUUGUUCUUGUAUUAAAAACAUAUUUUCAUACUCAGCCAACCAUUGUUUACAUAUUCCCCCCCUCCCCCGGCACAACAUGUUGCAAAGCACAACUUGGUUUGCUGAACAGGCUUUUUAUACUGUUACAUUGACUUCAGAACAGAAGAUUCAGUAAAUUUACCCUUAAUGCCUUCCUGUUUUUCUGAAAUAAUUUGAUGUGUGUUUUGCAAAGUUGCUGUCCCAAAAAAGGAGCCUGAAAGAUGGUUGAAGUUGAGUACUAUUCGUGCAUACAUGUAUAAGCUGAACCAUCAGUUGGAGAGUGUUAUGAAUAUUCAUUGGAAAGGUGGAUUGUUGUUUAUAAAGCAGAUUUUGAGGAUUAUACAAGCUCUGUUUCAUUAUUUGCUGCUAAGGAAUUUGUGUGUCACAACACAAACUGCUGCUAAGGAAUUUGUGUCACAAUAGAAGUUGGCUAAGUUCAGUAUAAAAGUUGUGAAAUGGUUAUAGGAUUAGAGAUGUCAUUUCUGAAAUUAUAUGGCAAGUCCACAGGUUAUGAUAUAAAACCCUUUAUUUGACAUUUUGGCAGUUAUGUGGAUUAUAAUUUGUAUGCACUAUUCAUCCUUGGCACUGAUUUUGUACUUACUGCACUUACAUGUACAACACUCCAAACUUUUAGCCUCAUUCAUGAUAUGUAUGCCCCAGAUUUUUAAGCUUUAAAAAUUGGGAGGUGGCAUAUUUUUAAAUUGUAUGAUCUGGAGCUAGCGUGAAUCAGGACAUAAAGCUAUUGUUAUCUCCAUAAUUGAGGGUGGCGCAAGGUGUGUGCUGUUACAGUCUAUCACUUUCUACUGUUAUGUCCUACUGUCUAUUAAUGUGAGAAAUGAAAACUUCAAGAAAAUGGUGUUGGGGUCAUGUUGGUGGGAUUGGUCGCGCCCCCAUCAGCUCCUGAUUCAUUUCAAAUACAGGUGUAAGAAUAUGGCUCCUCUUAGGACUUUCACAAAUAUUUCAACACCUGUUACAUUUAUUAUGCAGACUUUGUAUGCCUUCGAUCACCAUGCACAUCAAUUAUGCAUUUUUUUUAAAGGUGUACCUGACCAUUUUCUCAAGAGGUUUGAUAGUGAUAGAUAAAUGCAAUCAUGGUGUGUCUGAGGACAGACUGUAUACCUGAAAUACACCUCACCCAAAUACAAAAGAAUGUGAUUUUUUUUGCAGACAAGUUAGAUGAAAAUAUCAAUCAUGAUAUUUAUCAUCACCUUUAAUUGUAUAAUGCAUGUUACUGCAGUCAUGUCUGCAGGUGUAAUCGUAUUUAUUGUUAUUUUCUUUUCAUAAUUGAAAGCAUAUUAUGUAUUCAGUAUACUUCAAUACCUUUAUGCAUAAUUCUGUUACCCUGCAUGCUACAUGCUGUUAUGCACGUGUGAGACUCGAUGUAGGGGUGAAUGAAAUAAAGUCCAUU